GUUGCAGGCACUCAUUCUUCCCUACCGCCAUGAAGCUUACCCCAGAGCUCAUUGAGGUCGUGCCUUCCACGCUCAAUCCUAUAAAGGAGAGGCAACUGGACCUUCGAGGCUACAAAAUCCCUGCGAUCGAAAACCUUGGUAUAGCCAAGGACCAGCAUGAUGCUAUAGACUUUACAGAUAACUCCAUUAUCGUCCUGGGCAACAUCCCUCUCCUUCGCCGUCUACGUACCUUACUCCUAGCAAACAACCGAAUAUCCUCGAUCUCGACAUCAUUACACCUUUCCGUCCCCAACCUCACCACACUCAUUCUUACAAAUAAUAACCUUGCUGAACUGGGCGACUUGGAACCUUUGAUGGAUGUGAAGGGUCUUAGGUACCUCUCGUUACUGGGCAAUCCUGUGCGGGACAAGAAAUGGUAUCGCGAAUGGCUUGCAUUCAGAAUACCUGGGCUAAGAGUCUUAGAUUUCCAGAGAAUAAGAGACAAGGAACGACAAACUGGCAAAUCGUUGUUCUUGACUGCCGAUAACUUACCCACUCAACUGGCUACGACUUUGUCGACAACAGUAUCAACACAGCAUGCAAGGCCACCAGUAACUACUGACGAGCCGAAACUCGAGACACAUGGCAAGGCUGGUCGUCUGAUGUCCAAAGAGGAGGCACAGAAGGUCAAGGAGGCAAUUGCACGAGCAACGUCAGUAGAGGAAAUCAGGAGAUUGGAGAGACAAUUGAAGGAGGGAUAUCUGCCUUCUUUGGAGGGCGUUGGCGCAUGAUUUUCUGCAUUCAAAAUGUAUUAUUGCUGUACUUCUUUGCUUCAUCUGACCGUAAUUCUAUUCUCUUCGCAUAGUGAUCCGCUAUAUACACCGUCCAAAUGGGUUACAGAUACGUUCAUAUCUCUACAAACAAACUAGAGAUUACCAAGACCUUUGUUGCCAAUCCAUAAACCGUGGAAUGCAAGUGCAAUGAAGGAGGUCAGAUUGGCGAGAGAGCUGAUCCCGUGAAGUUUGGCAAACUUCGCAUUGACAGCCUUCAUCUCUGCAGAUACCUAACAGAUAACAUCAAUACUAUGGAUCUACGCUUCGGUUAUAUCGCGAGGAUACUUACACCGGAUUCAUUGUAGCUCUUUCCCUCAGCCUUUUCCAGCUUGUGUCGCUGGAACAUGGUCCUGUAUUCCAGCGUUGUCAGUAUAGAGGUAGUCAAGAUAGCUAUGGG